AUGCGUGUCUCUACCAUCUCCGCCGUCUUCAGCGGUCUUGCCGUCUCUGCCAUCGCGCAGUCAGAUCUCGACGGUGCAGUCUGGAAGGCUCUUCUUGCCGAGCCUCAGAGCAAGCGCGGCUUCUCCGACAUGCCUCGUAAUCGUCCAGUCAAGCGCCAGUCGGGCUGGAACCCGCCUGCGGACUUAAAAGCUCCCCUUCAGGAGGUCUGGGAACAUUACGAGAAGACCUACGAUGGUGGACUCGACGCCAACGUCAACACUGGCUUCCACCAGAUCAUGGCUAACAAAGGUUACCUUAACAUCUGUGUCCGAUGGGAUUCUAGCACCACCGUCACCGAGGCUGAACGAACCAAGAUCGCCAGCGCAUAUAACGCCCAGUACCAGAAGUGGUUCAAGUGGCUCUACGGCUAUAACGGGUUCCCUUACGACGAGGUCAAGGUUAAUAUUGUCGCAUAUGCCGUCAAGGACAAGAGCCAGCUUCAGGGCUCCACUGCCGGUUACGAGGUCUACACUGAGCUCGAUGCUGAUGGUGUCCCCAUGUGCCCUGUCGCGUGUGCUCGCGAUGCUCACCUUGAUGGCGACUAUAGUGGUUGCAAAGCUGGUGCCGACCGCCACUAUGACCACUCUCUCUGGUUGAAAGAUGGUCUUGAGGGUGGCUUUGGUCAUAACUGGGGUCAGGAGGUUGGUCGUGAGUACUUCAUGAACAACCUUGACUCUGACAACAUCCACAUUCUUUUGCACGAGAUGGGACAUACCUUUGCUCUCGAUGAUUUCUAUGACUGGACUCCCACUGGUAUCACCAAGUUCAUCAUGCUUGCUGGUGCCUCCAUGGAAAUCACCGACUUUGACGGCUGGAUGUACCGCAACUGGUGGUACUACCUCUCUCAAAAGAACAACUGGGGUUCCGGCAAGUCUAGCACUGACAUUGCGCCUGUUUCAUCCGAAUCCAAGCCUACCACCAAGACUGCCGCAUCCGCAACCAAAACUUCUACUCCCAAGCCCAGCACCACCACCAAGGCCGUUAUUACUAAGCCUGUCUCCACCAAGAAGGCUACCGCUACCAAAGCUCCCGUUACUCAGGUUCAUUCUGUCGAAACCACCUCUAGUGCUGAGGUUGCUCCCUGGGGUCAGUGUGGAGGUAUCAACUGGACUGGUUCCAAGAAGUGUGCUUCUGGUGCCAAGUGCACUAAGCGGAACGAUUACUACUCCCAGUGUGUUGCUAACUAA